UUGUUAAAUUUAACGAGCAAAUCAUUUUCAAUUAAAAAUUGAAGUAUACGGUUAAAUAAAUAAUAUAUGCUAAUAACAAUCUAAGUAAUUUAAUGUUACUUUUAGUCUUCAUAUAAAUAAUAAAAAAUAUGGAAGAUUCGUCUUUAUCCCCUAGCCAGAGUGAGGAAAUUAACAGUGAGGUUGAUCCAAUCAUGGAUAUUAUUGAUUAUUUGGUAAGAUGCGCAAAUGUUUCAUUUAAAAACGCUACAGUUGAUCAUCCCGAAGUACGAAACAAUGAAAAAAUUCAAUAUGCAGUAGAAUUUUAUAAGCAAUCCCCGACACAAUUUUUGUUGCAAUUCGGCAAAUUUAUUUCUGCAAAUCAUUUACAAUAUUUUGAAAAACAGCACUUGAAUAAUGAAAGUUUUCAAAAAUGUUUAGCUGAAUUAAAGUCGUAUCAUUCAAAUGAAUCUAGAAAUAAGAGAGUCAGAAAUAGACGUUACAAAGCCAUGCAAAAAUUACAAGAGAAUACAGAUUAUUUCAGUGAAAAACAAAUGAUGUAUCGUAACCCACUAUUGUAUGAGCAACUAAUAGGGCAGUACUUAAGUGAUGAAGAAAUAAGGGACAGAGAUGCUGUUGGUACAGAAAAUCUUACUUUAUUAAGUAUGAUUCUAGACACAGUUGAAAGGAAUGAAAUGAGACAGACUAAAUAUGAACAAAUGCUCAAUGAGGAUGAAGACUCAUCUGAUGGAACACUGCAAAGCAAUGAUAACAAGAAUGGUGCUUGUAGUAAGGAAAAACAGUGGGGUAGUUUUGAUAUACCAGAUACCGAUGCUCCUUAUGCACCCGAUAAACGAAAACCGGCAAUGAUAAAUGCAAAUGAAAGAAAUCUUCUAAGAGAAGAAUUUUUACACGAAAUGUAUACUAGUUUUAUAGAAGGCAGAGAUAUCAAUUUUGAUUAUAACUCCGUUGAUAAUAAUGAAGAAUAUGAUGAUUUGCAGCAAAUAUCGCAAGAUGCAGAAGACAAAUAUUUUGACUCUGAAGAAAAUGAUGCAAGGACAUUAGAAGAACAUAUGACACUUGUAGAAGAAUAUGGAAGAAAAAAAUCUAUUGAAUCUAGUGAAAGUAAUGCAGAUCCUUUAGAUGUGUAUAUGCAACACAUUUCAUAUAAACUUUAACAAAAUCAAUUAUGUUUUAAUUUUUUCUAUAGAUAUUUACACUGAUAAAUAUUAUUUGUAUUUAUGUAGAUAGUAAUAUAUUUCAAGAAAUUUUACUGUUGAAUCACAAUAAAGUCAAAAUAGGUAAUAUUAAAAGAUAAAACAACUUAUAUUCUCUGAUUUGUAUAUUUCUAUAA